AUGAGCACAAUCCUACGACGAACUUCAAUACUCACAUCAUCAAUCAAAACCAGUCUCAGAACCAACAAUAUUCCCCGCAUCAUCCACACUAGACCCCUCGCAACAAUGACUACCGGCAACUUCCGCUAUCUAGACCCCGCGACUCUGGAGGGCAGCAAGCCCUGGGCAAAGGUCGAUACAGACGUAACCUCUUUUAGCCGGCUCGAGCGCCGCCGCUCAGUGGUGAACAUCCGCGAGUCGACGGAAGAGUUCGGCACCGACGUCUCCGGCUUCGCCGUGUACAACUCACCUGCUAAGGAGAAGGACUUCAUCGACGAUGAGGCAGUGCGAAGCGGCUACUAUGCCGAAGUGGAGGCACUCCUGAGGGAGAAGUUGCCCGGUGUGAAGAAAGUUGUGAUUUUUGACCAUACCAUCCGGAGGAGGGAGAAGAGCAGCCCCAGACAGCCGGUGCAGCAGGUGCAUGUCGACCAGACGCCCGGCGCGGCGGAAGCGCGUGUUAGGAGGCAUGUUCCGGGAGCUGAGGCGGAUGAGCUGAUCAAUGGACGGUACCAAAUUAUUAAUGUCUGGAGACCGAUCGGACACCCGGCGAGUGACUUCCCGCUUGCGGUGAUUGACUGGCGGACGACGGAGCCCAAGGAUCUGAUCGCUGUGGAUCUGUUGUACCCCAGGAGGACGGAUACCGAUGACGAUGAUCGGGGCAAGGAGGUGCUUCCGGACCCGGCUUUGGCGCGGUCGACGGAGAAUUACGAUGUCAAGGGCGAGACUUUCUCUGUCGCACCAAGCGACAAGCACAAGCUGUAUUACGCCAAAGAUAUGACCCCUGACGAAGCCAUGUUCAUCAAGUGCUUCGACUCGAGAAGCCAAGGGCGACCCGGCGGCAAGCCGGGACGGGCCGAUUACACGCCUCACACGGCCUUCAUUGACCCCAACACCCCCGCAGAUGCGAAGGGAAGACAAAGCAUAGAGGUUAGAUGCUUGGUGUUUUAUGAGUAG